AUGUCUUUUGUGGCAGACAAGGCUUACAAGGUGGAACACAAGAUGUACUGGCACAAUAAGGUGUUCAUAGUUAAGAGAGUGAUCGAAAUCUGGCAGCGGUAUUCGAAGCCAAUAAAAUUAGCUUUUCUGGACCUUGAAGCCGCUUUCGACUCUUCUCAUCGAGGCCGUCUUCUCAACGCGCUCCGCGCCGAGGGAGUACCAAGAAAGUUCGUUCGCUUGGUUGAUGACAUGAAUCAACGAACAACUGCUGCAGUUCGAACACCAGCCGGAUGUACAACACCGUUUGAAGUGAGAUCAGGGUGCCUCUUGACUGAUCUCGAGUACGCCGACGAUGUUGUUAUAUUCACGAAAAGCACUACGAAACAUCAACAUGUUGUCAACCUUGUAUCGAAGUUGGCUGCAGCCUAUGGAUUACGCCUUGGCCCUGAUAAAUGCAAGCAAAUGUGCACUCUGUGUGUCUCUUCGAGACUUCGAACAGAAGUCAGUGUGGACGAACAACGAACUGAAGUCAUCGACGAGUUCGGUUACCUGGGCUGUAUGUUUAAGAAGAACGGCAGCUACGAGGAAUAUAUUCAGCAAAGAUGCGCUAAGGCCAUCUGUGUCUUUAACUCCUUGACAAAAUUUCUGUGGUCGACCUCCAUCACCAACGAAGUAAAGCUGCGAAUCUACCCACCGGCAAUUCGUCCCAUCAUGAUGUACCGAUCGGAGACUUGGGCUGCACCUUCCACGGCGAUGGAGAGGCUUGACUGCACAGAUAGGAAGCUGCUUAAACGGCUGAUUGGCUACUUUUGGCUUAGUGUAUGCCACAAUGAAGAUCUUAACGCAGAAAUUGAUGUGGUAUGGCUGUGA